GGGGGGCCCCGGCGCCAUUUCCCCUGGCCCCCAGACACCCCUUGGGGCUGGCAGAGCCCCCUUUCCCCCGGCCCCUUCCAAGCGGCCCCGGCAGCCGCUCCGGGGUUGGCUUGGGGGAGCGCAGCGCCUCGGCCGCUCGCCCCUUCCUGCGGCCCGGAGGUCCGGCGGUGGGUCAGGCGAGGGCCGGGCGGCCCGGCGAGGGCCCGCCGGAGGGUCUCGCCCGCUGCGGAGCUGGGAGCCGGGUCCUGGGGAGCUGGGAGGGGAGGACACGGGGCCUACCGUGCGGCUCCCACACACCCACCCUGCUGUUUUUACCGGCGAACAGGUGCUGGCGGCCUGCGUGAGGGUGUGGGCCCUGUUGUAGGUCGAGGUUACCCUCCGAAAUGGCUUGUGAAGGGCUAAUCGAACGCUGGCUGCAAACGGCGUUGCUAACAGCGGUGUCACGGGUGGCAGUGUGCCCGUCGGUGUCAUGGCAGUGUUAUGUCUGUCAGUAGCCUGUCAGGCUCUGGAGUAGCCUAGCAUAACCCAUUAGUCAUUUUUAAAACGUCUGCUAGAUGCUUGCUAACAAACCAUUUCUGAACGGAAAGUCUUGUCAGGGCUGAUGGUGUGUGUCAGGAAGGGCUUUGGUGACAAGGGCCAGGGAUCUUCUUAAACCCCCUUCAGCAAGGGUUUGGAAAAGGAAGAGCAAGGGUUUUGAACAGCUCGUCUGCUCAGAGGAGAGUUCCCCAAAGCCAUUAGCCCCAGGGACCUAUGCUGCAAUUCCUGUUUGCUGCUUAUGACAUUUGAAUUUUCUUUGGUUUGAAACCACUGCUUUAGAACUGCAGAGGCUGCUCGGAUGUCCCAUGGACCAUCGAGUCAGUUCAGCCAUGCUUGAUCUGGGGUGUUUCUGUGCAGGGGAAGUGAAAUUGGUGAGCCUUCAGUUCUGCAUUUUCCACAGUAACUUGAAGAGGAAGUUUCCGAUUUUGGCUUUGUAGUAAGCACUGGUUGAAAAAGCUGCAAAAAGAGCAGAAACAAAACUGAACAGGCCCCCCUGUGAUUAAUACAGUGAGUGUGUUUUGGCCUGGAAGGAGUAGGAGUGCUGGUCUGAGCAGUGUUGAAUGCGCCUGUUUUGGUUGAUGGCCUGUUGGUCUGGUGGUGUCAUCACUAAGCAGCACUCUGCGUCCACACCCUUCCAGGAAUGUUGGUAGCACCUGUACGCAAGCCAAAUCCCAUCUCUUUUUGUACCAGGCUCUUGCCAGCUGUCUCACCCUUCUGGUUAGCAGAUUCAGGCAUGUGUUCAGUCCUCGGAUCAGAUUCUAGAGUGUGUGGGUAGGCAGGCCAAGCAGAUCAAAGCUGUCUAUGUCCCCUGGAUUGAGGAGAGACGGGCUACGCAGCCUGUGUGCUCAUGCUAGAGCUCCUUCAAUUUAUUCUUUUCGUAUUUUGGGCUUAGCAUCCAUAAAUCAUUACUGCAUUUUCAGCUUCCUAGAGCUCUGCUGUUGUUCUUCCAGCCUGGGUCAAUGUUACAAAUUUAAAGGCAGUGCACCUAGUGCUGACAGCCUCACUUACUGAUGUUUGUUUUUUAGUGACUGUUAUGCUGGAGGAAGGUGUUCCCUGGACAGUCCUGGAGACAGAAGCACUGUAUAUCUAGAGCAGGUAUAGUACAGAUGGCAGCCAAACAAACUUCUUAUUCUGUGUCAGGCCUUUACAUUUGCUUGCAGAAUGUCCCUGGGAGCGGGAGGACUGGUUGGCAGUUGGCCUUUCUCUUGUGACUGCUGACUAAGGAACCUGUGGUGUCAGGGUUGUUGCAAUGUGAACUUGCACCUGUGCCCUAGCAUACUGUCUUGCAAAAAGCCUUGCCAGAAAUGAAUGGCAAAGAAGCUGGGUCUCUGUGCCUGGGAAACCCCUUCUGAGCUAUGGAGAUCGCAUGCAGAAAACAAGCACAGCUCCAGUUGUAAGUAGAACAAGUCAGGAGAAAUUACUUAGCUAUUGAUUGUACAGUGCAAUGGAAGGCCUGAUGACGGUGAUCCCUGUUGAUAAUGCUGUUUCUGUGAUAGCCUGAGGAUACAGGCCAGAAGAGAUGUUUAACUAGUGAUGUGGUGACCAGCUGCUUCCAUUUUGGACCUGCUGGAGGACUUGUGUGCCUGAAAGCUUGUCCAGUUAUCAGCUCUCAUUUCUCUAAUAAGAGACAGAAUGUCUCCUAUGUACAAAACUUGUUCAGAAAUGGAUUGCCUUGGUACUGCACCCUUCCAUCCUGCUGCAAUGAGUGGGAAGUCCUUGCUCUUAAAGGUCAUUCUUCUUGGGGAUGGUGGAGUUGGGAAGAGUUCCCUCAUGAACCGGUAUGUCACCAACAAGUUUGACUCACAGGCUUUCCACACAAUUGGUGUGGAGUUCUUAAACCGGGACUUGGAGGUCGAUGGACGUUUUGUGACCCUCCAGAUUUGGGACACUGCGGGACAGGAGAGAUUCAAGAGCCUGCGAACCCCCUUUUACAGGGGAGCAGACUGCUGCCUGCUGACCUUCAGUGUGGAUGACCGGCAGAGCUUUGAGAACCUCAGUAACUGGCAGAAGGAGUUUGUCUAUUAUGCUGAUGUGAAGGACCCUGAACACUUCCCAUUUGUAGUCCUGGGCAACAAGAUAGACAAAUUUGAGAGACAGGUGAGCACAGAAGAGGCCCAGGCCUGGUGCAUGGAAAACGGUAACUAUCCAUACCUGGAGACUAGUGCCAAGGAUGACACCAAUGUGGCAGUGGCCUUUGAGGAGGCUGUGCGACAGGUGCUGGCAGUGGAGGAACAGCUAGAGCAUUGCAUGUUGGGCCACACCGUUGACCUGCACUCCAGCUCCAAAUCAGGGUCUUCCUGUUGUUAAGAGUGGCUACUGCUUUGGGAAUGUUGCUGGAGCCGGCGGCUGGAUUGGAAUAAGCAUGGGCAGCUCUGGGGCACUCUGAGGAGAGUGGCCACAAGGACAAUAGGUGGUUUGCUCACUGAGAAGUUGCAGCCCCGCCAUCUGAAUUCUGGCUGGAGUUUUCAGGCACAGAGCAUGUAUCUGCAGGAGGGAGAUAUUAAAAGAGCAUGUAAGCGUAGUCCUGCUUCCAUCUCUGCCUGCUUUUUAGCAGGUUUAAAGGACUGAGUUGAAGUCCUUUAAAUUCACUGAAGACAGUAGUGAUCUGAUCUGUACCAAGAACUGCCUGCAGAACAAAGCUGAGAGUGCCCUAAACACUCUUUGAAGUAUUUUAGUCCUGAACUCAAAAAAAAAAAAAAAAUACUAGACUCGCUAAACUCAUGACCUUACUGCCAAAGGAAAGUCUGCUCAGCAUACUGAAUGAAACCUGUUGCAGAGACUCUAGCCCAUUUGACUGUGAGAAUGGCAAAUACUAGAGUGGCUGAGAUGUGUGUAUCUGAGAUGUUUUUGUUUGGGAUAAGUGGAUUGUGUCCUGAGAGUGAAUUGUGCUGAAAAUUGUUAGAGCUCUGAUCUGAAGCAACAUACAAAGGAGAGAGAGAUGGACCUGUGUUUGUGGCAGCAUCACUUCUUUGUAGCUGCCUAUGACUGGUCUGUUUUUCCUCACCUUGAACUUUGUCUUGUGUGAGUGUUACUUUGUGGAGAGACUGCUUCUUGUUUAAUAUAUGUUUCCUUGUCUUUUGUGGAGGUUAAACACCGAUCUAGCUUCUCAUACAUUGAAUCCCUGGAUGAAAAAUACUGAUGUGGACACUUGCCAGGUCAUGUCAAAGAGUUUAGAGUCACUCAGGAGUUCAGGAGAUCUGGAGCAUGAAACUUCAGCUGGUUUCUGUCACAAGUAAUCACCGUGUCCAGAUGAUAUGCUCUAGCAGACCAGAUGUUAGCUGAGUGGAAUGUCUUCUAGGUGUGCAGGUGGCUGGGGGAGUCAUGCAUGGUCAGCUGUUAAAUCCACUUACUUGGUGUGCGGGACCAGUGACCACUGUGCUUUAUUAGCUGGCGGAUCAGCGUCUUCAGUUGCUUUGGCACGAACAUUCCUGUCUGGGUGCUGCAACAUAGAACCAUUCAUUUUAUUACCUGUUGUGUGAGGUGCAGUGCUGCUGAGCACAGUUAACUCACACUGUUGUCCUGGCUCUUCCUCCCUAGCUGGGAAUCCAGUACAUUUUAUCUGUAAUUCAUGACAGCUUUGACUGGUAGAGGAUGUCCACUCAAUUAACUGGCCUUUGUUAAUGCCUGCUGUGGUCAGUCCACUGGGGAGAGAGCUGCACUGGUUCCACCUCUGUUCAAAGUAGCUGGAAAAUGGGGGGUGGGGUGGGGUGCGGAACCCUUUAGAGAAGGAUGCCAGGCUUUGCUGAUCCCAGCUCCUGCCCCUGAUAGGUGUUAGUCCCAACCUGUCUGUGUAGCAGAGAUGAGUGCUUGCUGACUGCUGUCUUUACCAUUAUAACCUCAUGUCCUGCAACUCCCCAUGCAAACAUUUGUCCAAAACUAUGGCUUUGCCCAUAAGCCCAUAGGACCCUGCCACAGGGAGAGCUUCCCUGAGUACAUACCCGCUAGCUGUCAAAUGCAACUCCCACUGUGAUAAGCUACUGGAUGGUAAAUUUUGUAGCUCAAAUCGAGCACCCUCGCUUAUGUCAUGUUUUAAGAGCAGGCAGUGUGCCCUCACUGGCUGCUGGCAGCUAAUCCCCAUCACUGAACACGCAGGGAGUCUCCUGGGGGAGCUCAGGGCGAUCCUGCCCUUCUCCGCAGGGCAGUCACGUGUGGAAGGGACUGAAGCUUUAAUGCAAAGUGCUUUAGAGGGAUCUGAUUUCUAAACAGGGCUGGACACUCAUAUUCACAGGCAUAGAUAGGGAGUGCCUGCAGUCUUUGGAAAACCAGGUCUUGAGGUGUAAGAGAAGGCUCUGCCUCUGUAGGUGCAACAGAUUUUUACAGCUUAUUGAAGUUGUUGUUACUGUUUAUUUACCAGUGUCUGACCUCCCCAGGCUCUAGAUUUUUCUUCAGUUUAAUGCUGCUUGAUAGUUCCUUCAGGAUCCCAGACUCUGUGCUUGUGGUUCUCAUUUACAUCUCUGAACAGACAUAGUCCCCCGCAGCUGGUUUGUGCAGGGGCCCAGGGUCAGAACAGGCUCAGACCCUUGGGCACUGCCCAGCCCUGCCGGAGGGGCUGCUGAGGGACCUCCCUGGAGGUGAAACUGCCGCUUCCCCGGUGCAGAUCUCACGGGAUAUGUGUGAGGGCUGGCAGGCACCUCCCGUGGGAGAGGACAGAGACUGAAUGAGCCGUGGUGUGGCAUAGGAGGCAUGGGUGCAGCACGCUGUUUGCAGUACCCUGGGUACAUGUUGAUGCUGGUAGCUGAAGCUCAAGAACCUCAUUGUGCACAGGCUGUGCAAAUGGUAUGUAUCAGCGAAAGGUGUUACACAGCAUCUUUUAUUCCUAACAGACGUUGGUUUGUUGACUUGAAAAAAAUAAAUUAUUAGGCUUAUGUGUUUUAAAAAUACAUUUAAAAGGUAUAGUAUAAUAUAUUUGCAUUGAUUUAUUUUAAAUGAUACGCACAAUUUCCAAAGGAGCCAGGGUUUUGAACUCUGUUGCAAAAUUCAGUGCUAACAGCCAUCCCCUCCCUGUGUCCGGUCAUGCUGCUGCAGUUGUUGCUAUUGCUACAGAACUGGAAUUGUAAAACUGAGAUUCUACCUUUAUUUAAGCAAAUAAAACAUGGAUGUAUUCAAGUGAA